GGCGGAGCUUUUCCCGGCGUGCCCCGCGCUUCCCCCUUUUCCAGGACUGCGUGGGCCGGUGGCGGCUGGUCCGGGGCCGGGCGGGCUGCGCGGCGAUGGCCUCCUGCGCCGAGAUCUUGCGCAGCGAGUUCCCCGAGCUCGACGGGGAGGUGUUCGCCUACGUGACCGGCAUCCUGCAUAGUGGCAGUGCAGAUUUUGAGUCUGUGGAUGAUCUGUUUGAAGCAGUGGGAGAGCUCUUGCAGGAAGUGUCCAGAGACUCCAAAGAUGAUGAGGACAUCCGGGAUAUCUGCCAGAGGAUGUACAACACCCUCCACCUAGAUGAGGAAAACUCACGGGGAUGCAGCCAGGUGCUGCUGGAUGCACCUAUUCAGCUUUCCAAGAUCACAGACAACUAUGAUUCUGGCGUGGACCUGUUGCCGACACUAUUGCUAAAGAGAGACCAGAACUCAAUGGUGAAUGCCAAGAAGCUGGAGAAGGCAGAAGCCAAACUGAAGGCCAAGCAGAACAAGAGGACAGAGCGGGAUUCCCUGAACCCUGCUGGCCUACUGGUCCUGGAGGAGGCAUCUGCUAGCCAGGCAUCCAGCAAGAAGGAGACUCGCAUGGAGUCAUCGGGCAAGAACAAGUCAUACGAUGUGCGCAUCGAGAACUUCGACGUGUCCUUCGGUGAGCGUGUCCUGCUAACAGGUGCAGACCUGAACCUGGCGUUUGGCCGGCGCUAUGGCUUGGUGGGCAGGAAUGGGCUGGGCAAGACCACUCUGCUGAAGAUGCUGGCCAGCCGCAGCCUGCGCGUCCCCUCGCACAUCAGCAUCCUCCACGUGGAGCAGGAGGUGGCAGGGGAUGAGACGCCAGCUCUGCAGAGCGUGUUGGAGUGCGACACCACCCGCGAGAGCCUGCUGCAGGAGGAGAGGGAGCUGACAGCCAGGAUCAACGCUGGCAAGGGACAAGGUACAGAAGGUGACAGACUGUCAGAAAUCUACGCCAAGCUGGAAGAGAUAGAGGCAGACAAGGCGCCAGCCAGGGCAUCUGUCAUUCUUGCUGGGCUGGGCUUCAGUGCAAAGAUGCAGCAACAGACAACCAAAGAGUUCUCCGGAGGCUGGAGAAUGAGGCUGGCCUUAGCCAGGGCCCUUUUUGCCAGACCGGAUCUUCUUCUGCUUGAUGAGCCUACUAACAUGUUGGAUGUGAGGGCCAUUCUGUGGCUGGAGAACUAUCUGCAGACCUGGCAGUCAACCAUCCUAGUGGUGUCCCACGACCGGAACUUUCUGAAUGCUGUGGCCACUGACAUCAUCCACCUGCACUCGCAGCGUCUCGAGACCUACCGGGGCAACUUUGAGAACUUCAUGAAGAUCAAAGAGGAGCGGCUGAAGAACCAGCAGCGCGAGUAUGAGGCCCAGCAGCAGUACCGGGAACAUAUCCAGGUCUUCAUUGAUCGAUUUCGCUAUAAUGCAAACCGGGCGUCCCAAGUGCAGAGCAAACUCAAGCUGCUGGAGAAGCUGCCGGAGCUGAAACCUGUGGACAAAGAGUCUGAAGUGAUGAUGAAGUUCCCUGAUGGCUUUGAGAAAUUCUCUCCCCCAAUCCUGCAGCUGGAUGAAGUGGAUUUCAGCUACAACCCAAGUCACUGCAUUUUCCGUAGCCUCUCUGUCUCAGCUGACCUGGAGUCCCGGAUCUGUGUGGUCGGGGAGAAUGGAGCUGGCAAGUCAACCAUGUUAAAGAUCCUGAUGGGAGACCUGGCACCUGUUCGAGGGAUUAGACACGCACACAGGAACCUGAAAAUUGGCUACUUCAGUCAGCACCACGUGGACCAGCUGGACUUAAACAUCAGUGCUGUAGAGUUAUUGGCCAAGAGGUUCCCAGGGAAGACAGAGGAGGAGUAUCGUCACCAGCUGGGAAGCUAUGGAGUCUCGGGGGAGCUGGCCGUCCGCCCUGUCGCCAGCCUGUCGGGAGGUCAGAAGAGCCGAGUGGCAUUUGCCCAGAUGACCAUGCCCUGUCCCAACUUCUAUAUCCUGGAUGAGCCGACAAACCACCUGGACAUGGAGACCAUUGAGGCCCUGGCAAAAGCGCUGAAUAAAUUCCAGGGCGGUGUGAUCCUGGUGUCCCACGACGAGUGCUUCAUUCGCCUGCUGUGCAAGGAGCUGUGGGUGUGUGAGAACGCUACCGUGACGCGCAUUGAGGGCGGCUUCGAUGAGUACAGGGACAUCCUGCAGGAGCAGUUCCGGAAGGAGGGCUUUCUAUAAAGGAGGCACCCAAACUGUGAGAGCUGGCUGGAGUGGGGAAGUGCAGCGGCCUCAAUACCCAUCUGAAAGGCGCCCAGUGGGACACCACUUGCACCCCAUGGACUGUCAGCUGUGCCAUCUGCUACCCUCCCCCCAGAACUGCAGAGGUGUUUGUGGGGUAUGGGAUGUGCCCUCUCUCCUGCCUCGAGAGCUGCACCAGGCCUCUGCUGGGCAGGGGUGAAUGGACAGCAAAGUGAUGGGGGGAGGGGGAGUCUAAAGCUGCGGAACGAGGGGAGGGGUGCAGAGUGGGUACUAUCUGCUCUGAGCACGUCCUCUCCUCUGCCACCUGCCCAGUGCUGCCAGCUCAGCCAGUCUCUGCGGCUAGCGGAGGAUUGGUGCACUGAGUGCGCAGGGAACACUGGGCUUGAGUGCUGCUACCUGUUGCACCUUGAGCUGCUCUUCUGCGAAGAGGGAUGGAGUUUAGAGAGAGACACCCCCCCCCCCCCUGCAAUUUUAACUUAAACCAUGUAUGGUGCUGGGAAAGGCCUCUCAAGCCCUCUGCGGAGAGGAGCUGCCGCCUCCUGGCUUUUCAGUCAUUUUUACCUGCCAAACACUAGUCAAACCCUCUUAGGAACACUUUUCUUCCUGGCCUGACCCUGUGCUCCUGUCCCUGCCCUGCUAAGGAGUGGGGGAGCUGCUGCUGCUGUUGAACAGGCCCUGCUUCUUGCUAAGGGCCCUUGGAAAUCCUUGGCAGGCUUUGCUUUUGUUGUCCCUAAGCUGCAGUCAGUAAGAGCCAAGGGCUUGUGCUGUUUGGCAGAGUAGUGGGCCGCUGUGAUUCAGACAGGGACAAGAUCUUGCCUGCACACAAGCUUCUACCAAACUUAACUACUGCACCAACCCCUGCACCCUUCUCCCAGCUAAAGCCUCUCCAUGCAGGACUAGGCUAGGUCCAUCCCAGCUACCACCCUAUCUUUCAUUUCUUUUUAAAUGAUCAAAUACUGUACAUUGCAAGGUAAGUUAUUGAGCACGGAGUCAAACUCCCUGUUCCUCAGCCCAGAGGUUGCAGUGUAAAUAAAACCAGAACUUGAUGGCCUUGGAACUCUUAUUUCCCUAGUGGAUUCCAGGUGCUGGUUUCCAAGGUGUUUCUUUAUGGUCCUUUCUACUGAUAGUGAAUUUGGGCAAGAGGGACUGGUUACAGUUCCUGCACAAUCUCUGCUUCCAGUCAGCAGCUGUGCUAUGAAAGGGGAGUUUGAUUAUUCAGUUCUUGCUAAAGGACUGAAUGAGGGGGAGGGAAAAGAUCCAGCCCUCCCUCUUCUGCGCAAAGAACAUCGUGCCAGGAGCCUCUGCAGGAGCAUAUCAUGAGCAAAGAAUUCUUUGGCUACUCCUACUAGAAGGGUGGGGUGUUACAAACAGGCACAGGAAUAGGUGGUGGGGUGAUGCUGAGGAUGCUGUAGCUUGUGUGUGGCUGGAUGAACUAGUGGGGGAGAACUUUUUCUAAAGUUACCAUCUGCAAGGAGUCUUGGUGCUUGGUCUCUGCUCGUUAGCAUGAGGCAGGCCCUACUCACUCCCCAAGCUCUGAAAGCUUUUAUGGCAAUGGUAACUCUCUCUCUCUCCCUCCCUCCCACCCUCCUUUGCUGGCAGUCAUCUGUCACCCUUGGAGCAGGACUGCUGCCCAUGGAACCCUCCCUCAGUUCCUCCUGGACCAGGGCUAGCUUAGCUAAGGAGCUGAGGCUCUUCUUCCAGAACAUACCAAAGCAGGGGUUGGGUAGCCUUUGUCAUGUCCCUGCCUUCCAGUCAGGUCCAGGUUGCUUGUGAAAUUGUUCUUGGCACACUUGCUGUGACAUUCCAGGGUUUUAUUUUUUUAUGGCAAGAGUAUGUGGCACCUUCAAAUUGUCCUUGCAGCAACGUCAGUAGUAAAUGUAUGGUCAGCAGCUGCCAGGGUAGUGGCCAUACAGUGAAGAGACAUAGCGCUGGGAAAACCAACAGGCCCUUUUCAGCCUGCUGGGACAGCUAGUGCUGAGAAGGGUAAAAUGUUACGGUAAUGGCUUGAGCUGCCCAAGACUGCUGGGACUUGAUGUUAGGAUGAACCUAGCUUCCUGAGGCCCACUGGGAAGAGUUUCCAUCAAAGCACCGUGCGCUGCCUCCACAAAGCCUAGUGCUCUGCUGAGUGUCAAUUGCAACCUCAGUGCUACAAAAGAUCCUAAGAAAGGAAGCAGCAGGCUGGAGGGGAGCCAUUCUCUAGAGUCAGGGGGUUUUGAUAGCAGCCUGACUGCUCCCAUGUGCCUUCUUGUGCUAGACACAGGGAUGGGGUUGGAUUGAGUGCUAGUAAACAUGCGAUGAAGUCUUCAGUCUCAACUAGGACCCAUCUUGCCCUUUAUGGGUGAGCUCAGACCCACUGUGCCUUAGUGCUCAAUAUAAGGGCUUCACUGUCAGUCUGCACUUGUACCUAGCACCUUUCUCCAGCAAGCAGUCACCCCUGCUACUGGAUUGCCUUAGCAGCUCUAGCUGGUUGUGGGGUUGGCCUUGGACUCUCAGUACCAGGUGUUGCAGCCCUGCUCUCCCUCUUCCUUUAUGGACAUCAGAUGUGCUGGAGUGAGACUCCUCGUAGCUGGCGUCUUUAUCCUGGAAGUGGGUGGGGGAAUCAGUCUUCUCUUAAUUUUAACAUUUGUUUACUUUUGGGGGCUAGUUUUUAAUUACUGGAUUAGCAUUUUGGAAAUGUCUCCUGGGGCUGUUGCAAUGGUACAUUUUCAGUGGUUGCCUUGGGCAGUAUGUU